AGCUACAAUCACCCAGGAGACUCAGGAGUCAGACUGCUCUCUGCUCGACUGGAGGAUCCACACUGCAGACUGGAGAGACUCAAUGUGGAACAUGGUGGAGAACACACAAUGAAACCUGGGCUUAGAAAAUAUGCGUUUGAGCUCACAUUGGACCCAAACACAUCACACAGAAACCUCUCUUGGUCUGAGGUGAAUAGAAAGCUGACAUGUGGGAAUGGGAGUCAGCCGUAUCCUGAUCACCUAGAGAGAUUUCAGGACCAUCCACAGGUGCUGUGUAGAGAGGGUCUGUCUGGGCGCUGUUACUGGGAGGUAGAGUGGAGUGGGAAAUGGGCUAUGAUAGGAGUUGCAUAUAAAGGAAUCAGCAGGAGAGGACAACAUAAUGACUGUGUGCUUGGAGCCAAUGACAAGUCCUGGUGUCUGUUCUGCUCUGAUAAAGGUUACACUGCCAAGCACAAUAAUGAGAGAACAUUCACCUCCUCCGGCUCUCACAGAGUAGGAGUAUAUCUGGACUGGGUGGCCGGCACGCUGUCCUUCUACAUGUAUGGUACCUUCUCUGAUACACUGAUCCACCUGCACACAUUCCACACCACAUUCACUGAGCCCCUGUAUCCUGGGUUUGGGUUCAGUUGGUCCAAAUCCUCAGUUUCUCUGUGUCAGAUAGCCUACUGAAGUCACACUCCUAUUGAAACACAACUGGGUGACAUGAUGGGUUAUGCUUCACUCGAAUAUAAAAAAUAAAUAAAGCCCCUUUGUGAGAAAAAAAAACUAAUUCUGAUUGGCUGGGCCUUGCUCCCCAGUGGGUGGGCCUAUGCCCUCCAGGCCUACUGCUAGCUGUGCCCCUGCCCAGUCAUGUGAAAUCCAUAGAUUAGGGCUUAUGAAUUUAUUUCAAUUGGCUAAUUUCCUUAUAUCAUCUGUAACUCAGUAAAAUCAUUGAAAUUGUUACAUGUUGUGUUUUUUUGUUGUUGUAUAUAUAGUACAUAUUUUUUCAAUUCGUAUGAUGUUACGAAUCUAAUUCGUACAAUAUGUUGCGAAUUUGUUGUGCUUACGAUCCUGGACUGCAUCUUUAACAGAUGAUUAUUAGAUAUGUAAAUAGAUGACAGAAUUUGUUUGUUGACCGUAGCCUGUUUGUAAAAUUGUUGACGCAACAAUCUUGCUUCUGUAUGAACACAAUACACUGAAUGUAAUGUAAUUGUCACAGACUAAUGAGGUUAAUAAAACAGAUGAAAGAA